AUGGCGUUUGUGGUCAAAUUUUCGUGUGCGGUAGUUACUAGGUUGCUUUUUAUUCUUAUCUCACUCAUCGGAGUUUGGAGAGUGACAUUGGUUAAAGAUGACAAUAUCUACUGGUUUCUGACAUUCCUCUUUCUACCUCUCGUUGUCGAAAUGAUAAUAACUUUGAAAAGAAGAAAGGGAAAAGAUUAUAAAUGGUUCUCGCCAGCCAUUAUGUUGUUCCUUGUCAGUAUCAUUCCAUCCAUCUGGAUUCUGGAACUACAUCAUCAGCAUCAAAACUCUAGUGACCUCCAGUGCAAGAAACUGGACUCAUGGGAAAAUGUGAGAAGCAUGAUUUCUCUGAACGAAACGGUUGGGAAUUUAACGGUUCAAACCUAUCUAAAGGGUCUUGACCAACUCUUGUCCACGGUUUGUCCCAACGACUGGAUCCUGGCCCUCCAUCAGGUCCUUCUAAUCCUACUCAUCAUAGGGAAGUGGCUACUCCCACUGGGGGGCGGGGUCACACGGGAGGAGCUCUCCCAGCUCCUGCUCAUCUUCGUUGGCACAGCAGCUGACAUCUUGGAGUUCACCAGUGAAACACUGUCUGAUGUCAAGGAAAACAGCCCUCAGCUGGUGUACAUCAUCUUGGCGGUGUGGACCUGGAGCAUGUUACAGUUUCCUCUCCAUCUGGCCGUGGUGAACUCAAAGCCAGAAAGCGAGGGUGAGGGCCAAGGCGAUUCCCUCCUGACCAAGCACAGCACAGACAUAUGGAGCAUCAUUGAGAGCCUAUUCAUCCAGGAUGGCCCUUUCCUUGUGGUCCGGCUCACCGUCAUGACCUACUUUGAUGUAUUCCACCAGAUGUUGGUGUUCUUUGCAAUUAAAAACUUCCUGGUGGUCAUCCUAAACUUCUACCGGCUGGCCGUCAUAUGCCAGAACUACAGACCUGUAGUCAGGUCCAGAAGCAGCACUAACAUCCCUGAUUGUAGUAGGGUAGAGGUGGAGAGGAAGUAUGGGGAGGGGAGGUUGGAGAGAGACAAGGUUCCUGCCUCUGCUUUGGAGGAAGUUAAUACAGACUGUGAAAGUACCAUUACGUAGUGCACCGUUUAUACAAUGCACAAGUUCAAUAUUGGACAAGAUUUGUGAGUUCAAAAGCUGGAAUUAAUUAUGUGAUUUGACAUUUCCAUGGGUAAAGAGAAGGAGAGACAGAAACCGUUUAAAAGUCACAAGCGGCCUCCCGGGUGGCACAGUGGUCUAGGGCACUGCAUCGCAGUGCUAACUGCGCCACCAGAGUCUCUGGGUUCUGUCGCAGCCGGCCGCGACCGGGAGGUCCGUGGGGCAACGCACAAUUGGGCUAGCGUCGUCCGGGUUAGGGAGGGUUUGGCCGGUAGGGAUAUCCUUGUCUCAUCGCGCUCCAGCGACUCCCGUGGCGGGCUGGGCGCAGUGCGCGCUAACGAAGGGGGCCAGGUGCCCGGUGUUUCCUCCGACACAUUGGUGCGGCUGGCUUCCGGGUUGGAGGCGCGCUGUGUUAAAGAAGCAGUGCGGCUUGGUUGGGUUGUGCUUUGGAGGACGCAUGGCUUUCGACCUUCGUCUCUCCAGAGCCCGUACGGGAGUUGUAGCGAUGAGACAAGAUAGUAAUUACUAGCGAUUGGAUACCACGAAAAUUGGGGAGAAAAGGGGAGAAAAAAAAAAAGAAAAAAAAAGUCACAAGCAUAUAUUCAAUUUCAGCUCAGCUGAUUUUCUACAGUAUUUUAACUUUUUUGUAAUGUUUUUACCCCUUUGACAAAAAUGACAUGGCUUAGAAGUUUACCCCAAAGGUAUGUGAAAUAGAAGAAAAAUGUUUGAGUUAGCAAACAAAGAGUAUGACUGUAAAGGUAGGCAGCCAAAUGUAACUGUCCACAGCUGACAAAAUCAACCCAAUUUUGUUUUCCAAAGGGUUGGUUUUGACGAUGGGAAAAGGUGUGAUUAUGCAGUGGUUUCGGAAAGUAUUCAGACCCCUUCCCUUUUUCAACAUUUUGUUACGUUACAGACUUAUUCUAAAAUUGAUUAAAUAAAAUGUUCCUCAUCAAUCUACACACAAAACCCCAUAAGGACAAAGCGAAAACAGGUUUUUAGGAAAUACCUUAUUUACAUAAGUAUUCAGACCCUUUGCUAUGAGACUCGAAAUUGAGCUCAGGUGCCUCCUGUUUCCAUUGAUCAUCCUUGAGAUGUUUCUACAACACAAUCCACCUGUGGUAAAUUCAAUGGAUUGGUCAUGAUUUGGAAAGGCACACACCUGUCUAUAUAAGGUCCCACAGUAGACCGUUCAUGUCAGAGAAAAAAAACAAGCCAUGAGGUCGAAGGAAUUGUCCAUAGAGCUCAGAGACAGGAUUGUGUCGAGGCACAGAUCUGGGGAAGGGUACCAAAACAUUUCUGCAAUGUUGGAGGUACCCAAGGUACAGUAGCCUUCAUCAUUCUUCAAUGGAAGAAGUUUGGAACCACCAAGAUGUGAAUGCGCUGUAUGUUACUGUACUGUAAAACGCCUGGUUGAAUUGAGUUUAGAAUUUCAUAGGGGUGAAAUGGCAGGCAGUUUCAUUUGUAUUUUCUUCAUUUAAAUGUAUUCAUAUUCUUUAUUUUCAUACAGGUAGAUUGUUUUUUGUAUUUUAUGUUAUUUCAAUCAUUGAAAAAAAUGUAUUCAGUGAACAUAUUUUAGACUUGACCAUUUGUACUGUCUGGGUAGUCUACAUACAGCAGAUUUGGGAGGUCUUUAUUGUUUGCAUUCAUUUUUAACAAAAGCUGCAAAUCAAUCCAAAGUCAAGACCUUAUCAAUUAAGCCUCAUUGUUGGGCAUUGUUUCUGGGUGCUGGUAAGUGUCUAUCCCUAUUCUUCCACAUCGCCUAAGAGCCUGUACGUUAUUUAUGAUGAGGGAUACCUGGAGAAUGUAGGACCUCUCUGAAAUAAUAAUGGAUGACCUUCCCUUCAUUCAAAUAUAUUUUUACCCGACCCUACUUGGAACGCUUAAAAAAAAAGUGACCCCCCUACAACCAAUAUAAUAAUUAAAACAAACUGGACAGCAGAGAACAUGCCUACUGUUUACCCUCAACCCUAGGACAGACCAGAGCAUUAGAUAUGUUUUUGUUUUUUAAGCAUUACAUUGCAAAGUAACCAGAAGGUUGUGGACCCGGGACACCAGGUGGGUGCAAUUAAUUAUCAGGUAGAACAGAACCCCUAUGAGGGCUGGAGCCUGCUGGUUAAGCGUUGAAUACACAUGGCCUAUAGCAUCGGGCACAAAUUGAGAUAUAAUAAGCAACUUUGAGCAAUAUGACAUUUAAUUGAUUACAAAUUACAUGACCCUCCCCCUCUGACUGAAAUUGAGAAAGCAUGAUAUCCCCCAUUUUCCUCUGGGAAACAAUGUUGUACAUUUCGACCACUCCUGGGUUAUCUUUACAUCACAGCCUGGGUUAUCUUUACAUCACAGAAUGACUGUACUCACUCUCUAGGGUGAGUCCUCAGUGAGAACAAUGCAGUCAUACUAGGGGCUCUAUUCAAUGCGUAUCACGUAAAUUCAGCGUUACAGCGUGAUUGAAAUUUAAAGGCAAUGUUCUCGGCAAAGGCUGUAUUUGUCAGCUCAAUUGGAAAUUAUCUUAAAAUUUCUAUCGCGCAAUCUGUAACGCUUCUGGGUCUGAAGUCCAGAUACUGUAUGAUAAAUGUCACAUUGUAGACAUCGCUUCACAUUACAUUCAUGUUAACUGCUCUCGUCAGAAUGUAGGUCAAUGUAUAAACGGCAUUUUAUUCUGGGUGAGGAUGACUUAUGAAAAACAAACUGAAUAUGUUCAAUAGAAAUGCAUUAGUCUAUCCCUCAUGCAGCAGCCUUUUGUUUUUAAAUUGAAAGCCUGCUGUUUUAUUUUCAACACUUGCCAUUUAUAAGCAAUGAGUGACAGGCCAAGAAUACAAAAGACCAAGCAACUAGAAUGCCACAUAACAAAUCACUAUUCAUGUGAAUUCACUUCACUCCCACUCAACUGUGCUUCUUUGUUGGAAGUGCCUGCAGUUUAGCCCAAUGCAUGAAGGAAACAUGAAGAAAAUACGUCUUCCUACACAACAGUGAUCAAUUAGGCACAAGGGGAGCGUUCCAGAUAAACAAAUUCUGAAGAAAAUCUGAGAUUAUUUUAUUAAAUUCCUACUUCUCUAAAACCUUAUAUCUUAAUUACACUAGCAUCACUUAACUAAAUAUGGUAGGAUACAAUGAGCUAGUCCACUUUGAACAUUGCUUAAACCAGUGCAGUCAACAUUCGAUAUAAUUUUGUACAACAGCUGAUGAAACACUGUAAAAGUGUGAAAAAAAUGUGAUGUUAUUUUGCAUGGAUGGCGUUUUGGCUUGCCUGGUGACAUCACCAGGUGGUAUAAGUUAAUAGACCAAUAACAACUAGUUCCGAACCGCUCUGCCAAUAGAUUAAGUUCACGGCCGUGUCAUGAAAAGUUGCACCAGAAAGGGGUUUGUUUACAUUGAAGUGAAUAGAGAAUCCUCUAACCUCAAAUGCAGCUGGUGCAAAUGAACACUUAAUUCGAUGGUUAUGGUCAACAUCGCAGAUGUCAUCGGAGGAUUGAUUACCUAGCAAGAUAUCACUAACAGAGGUAGAUAAACCCAGAAAAAUAUACUUGAACAUACUGUGGCUAUAGCCAUCAGUCUGGUGUUUUCAUGGUCAUCACUCACGUAAGUUUGUCAAGGUCCCGCAAUCAGCAUUCACUAUCCUGCUAGUUUAGUGAGAAUGCAUGCUUGUAAACACAAUAUUGCUAUAACAGUUUGUUUUCAGGUUACAUAUGCCUCCUCCACUCAGAUUAUUGAUUCACACUGGUUAAUGCACCGCUUUGGUGCACUUCCCCCUGGGAAAUUUAUCACAUUUUUAUAAACAAUUAUGGAAAACUAUUACAGUAAGGCACUUGUCAUCCAGAAACGAUUUGAUAUUGAGAACUGCUACAAUGGGCAUUUAAUGCUAUUAAAAACAAAUAUGGUCAUUUCCUACUUAUCACACUAAUCAGUCUCCAACGCAUCCUUUUACUUUUAACAGAAAGGAACCUCCCUGUUCUGCUAGGGAAGACAUCCACAACUAACCACCUUAUUUAAAUUUUAGUCCUGUAGCAGAUGCUCUAAUACAGAGGGAUUCAAAGGAGCAAUUGGGGUUAAGUGCAUUGCUUAAUAAGGGCACAGACAGAUUUUUCACCACGUCGGCUCAGGGAUUCGAACCAGCGACCUUUGGGUCACUGGCCCAACACUCUUAACCGCUAGGCUACAUGCUGCCUCAAUGGAGGACCAUGUAUGACAUCAAGUAAAACCAGGCAGGAUGCACAGACUUAAUUCCAGUUUGGGAAUAUAUGCAACUGUCAAGAAAAGCAUUACACAACUUUAAAACAAAUGCAGUAUAGGUUGGCCAACUUAAACUUGCCCUAAAAAGGAAUCUAACAGUUUCCUUCUGCCAGCCAGACAAAAUACUGUGUUGGAGGAACUGGUUAGUUUUUUUUUUAUCCCUGUAUAAUACAUUUUCUUACACCAUCUCUUAAAUCAAAUGGUUUGGUACUAGUUUUAAACAAGUCUAGAGGAAGAAUUAUGUUCAACCCUGAUACGGUAUGCCCGGCUAAAAGACACGUUUGAA